GCUGGAGAAGCGGCCGCAGCCGCAGCCGCCUCGGAGCUCUGAGGAGCUGGAGGAUCUGCAGAAGCUGCUGCACUUCCCGGAGGAGGUGGCGCUCAGGUUGACGGAGACCGAGUACCAGCUGUUCUACCAGGUACCACCGCAGGAGUACCUUAGGCAGGUGGCACAAGAUCAGAACACGCAGAAAACACCUGCCAGGCCACCCCCGUCGCCGAGUCGCAGCUAUCGCAAUCCCAGCACCACCAACAGCUCGACCCAGACCGAGGAAGAGUCUAAUUGGCCUGUUCCCGACCUCUCUUCUCCUGUUCAGACGCUCAUCAAUCGUUUUAAUGAGGUGAGCUCAUGGGUCACCCACGCAAUUACAAGCGGUGCGACGAUAGAAGAAAGGCAGGCGAUAUUGUCCUGCCUCCUACGCGUAGCUCAGACUUGUUGGAAUACCGGAAACUUUAAUUCAGCCAUGGAAAUUGUUGCUGGUCUCAAAUCCAAUAAGCUGAAGCCAUUCUGGCAUAGCGUGAGUGACCCGGUACCAGUUUUGGAAAACCUAUCCGCCGCCCUUUUGUCUCACGAGUAUGAGUGCGCCCUUGCCCGCGCUCUGUCGAUGCCAGAAUGUCCGGUGGUGCCAUUCUUCGGAGCUUUCUUGCGGGAAUUGCGGGAGGUCAUAGCGUUGGAGACCAAGUCUCAGGAACCCAAAGAAAAUCGCGAAUCGCCACGCAGUAGUAGCAAAGAUGCCGAACCCGAAAGCCUGUCAUCCUCGGGGCAGACAGCGAAGAUCACUAUCGACACGAGCACGGAAUCGUCCACGGACUGGAACUUGAGAAAUAGUUCCCUGAAGAAACAGGGGAACACUUCCAACCGUGAUACAAACUCUGUCCUCGAGAAGAUCGCUGAAUUCCAUAAGCAUCGACACGCCCGUAGCAGAGAUGCGACGACCGGUUCGCUCCAUCGAACGCUGAGCAUUCAUACAACCGCAAUCGAGCAAACCUACAUGGCCGAAGAAUGCGACGAGAACGACUAUCAUCUCGAUCUCGAUUCCUACAAACCGGUACAGCCAAUCACGAUCGACCAUGGGGUAUCGCUAUUUCCUGUUGCCGCCCCACACACCGGGAUGGAUCUACAUCUCUUACAGGUGCUGCAUCAUGGUACGACGUUGGUACAUUGGGACUGCGAGAGCGGGACCACGAGGACAGCGUUGGUGUUCGCGCGGGUGGAUCGGGCCUGCGGCACCUUCGUGUGGGAGAGGCCGCCGUGGAGCCCGUUGAAAACUGCCCAGCCCGGUGGUCCGUCCGCGACAGAAUUCUCGUUAACUGCCAACCCGGAAGACACGGUGUCGGCCGGCUUACUGGGAAGAUACACCACACAACAGACGGACUGCGCUUCCGUAACGCUCGAAGAAGGUUACCUCGACCUGAGUUCCGUGAAAGAAGUGAUGAUCGGCUGUUGCGACCGGGACAGGGAGGCUGACCUAAGAAGCAUCUGCAAGAGGUACGGCCUGUCCGGAACCGACUCAUGCAUCGGCCUCAUGUACGGCUCCAGUCUGCCGGACAAUCGACUGAUCUUUCUCCUCUGCCCUCCUGCCCUCAGCAAAAUUUGGUAUAUGGGUCUUUGUUGGAUAUUACGAGGCCUGAAACGGCAACAGCAAUUAACGGAUCGUAGAUCGCGAUGGUUGAAAGAGAAGUAUCUUCAGUUGUAUUUCGAGGAAGGCUGCCUCGAACCGAUGACAGCCGAUGCCAUACGGGCCUUCGGUGGUCGCGACUGGUCAACGACUGAAAGCAUCGGGACGCUUUCGCCAACGAGUAGCAGUACGCUUCGCAAACGAAACACCAAAGGGAAGAAAACGAAAUCUAUCGGCAAUAUUCACGCGUUAACAAAGGAUUUGAGCCUAAAACAAUACGACUCGUCGUCGUCGGACGGUUUAUCAGCGACCCCUCUUCGACACAUUACGGGUAGCAGGGAAUCGUUGACGAGAAUUAUACCAGCGUCCCCACGGUCUAGCAGAGAUCGAGUACCCCCACGCAGUCCGCCCGGGUCCGCCGAACGAAUUAUUAGCUCCAACUUGCCUUACGCCAGCUUUCAGAGCCUAUUAUACAUCGCCAGAGACAAGGAUAGAAAUGGAUCUGGGAUGUCGGGCGGAAUGGAAGCGCCCUGGCAAGUGAAAGCACGCACCACUUCCAUAAUCUACGAAACUCAGUUGAACUUCGUGGAGUUCGUCGCGUUAUUCCGUUCGUUCAGCCUGAGAGCCAGAAAGGAUCUGCGCGACCUUUUCUGCCAGCUAGCCAUCACUUGCCGUAGCCAGAGCGACGGUUCCUUAAGGGACUUUAGCUUACGGCCGCCCGUGUUGAGACAGACCAGCGAUGCGACCCCCCAACGAAUCGGUCUUCUGACGAGGAACAACUCCAUCGACUGUCACGAGUACAAAACGAGUAGCAAUCUACAAAAGAAGCAAGUAUUCGACGCGGUAGCCGCAGCCAGCAUCGUUAAUAAUUGUUCUGGUGUUGACACCUCGAAGUCGCAAGUUAUUACCCUGGCGACGUUUACUAAAUUUUUGGAAUCCCGUCAGCAAGAAAAAUUAACUGAUGACGAAAUCAAGGCCCUAGUCAAGCGACACGAACCGGACCCGGCGCUACGUACACAAUGGUGUUUGUCUUUCGAGGGCUUUGCACGGUACAUGAUGGACAAGGACAAUUAUGCCUUCCCAAACGAGUACGCGACACCGUCCGAGACUGAAAUGCAACAGCCAUUGUCCCAGUAUUACAUCGCCAGCUCGCAUAACACUUAUUUAACCGGCCACCAGCUCAAAGGGGAAUCCUCGGUGCAACUUUACUCUCAGGUACUCUUAACCGGGUGUAGGUGUGUGGAACUCGAUUGUUGGGACGGCGACGAUGGAUCUCCGGUUAUUUACCAUGGCCACACGUUCACUACCAAGAUACCGUUUCGUUCGGUCGUGGAGGCGAUUGAUAGAAGUGCUUUUGUCAGUUCUCCAUACCCUGUAAUCCUCUCUAUUGAGAAUCAUUGCUCGCAAACUCAACAAGCACGGAUGGCGCAAAUAUUUCAAUCAGUAUUUGGGGAAAAACUCGUAACGAAAUUCUUAUUCGAGACGGACUUCAGUGACGAUCCGCAGCUGCCGUCGCCUUCGCAGUUGCGAUAUCGAAUAUUGAUCAAAAACAAGAAGCUGGUGGUGGAUCCAGGCGGACCUUUAGCCCACGCUCCCCUGAGUCAUCGAGGAAAAAUGCUCAUGUCCGAUCGUGCAUCAUCUAUGAAGCAGAUGCGUACUGACGGGAGCGCGGCUUCCGUCGUUGAAUAUUUCAGCGAGGAUGAUGACGACGAGGAGGACGAUGACGAGGAUGACAAUAUCGAUGAUAACUCCAUUUCGAGUUACGAGAGGUACUUGGGCGGGAUUCAGCACGGUCGAUUAAAAUCCGACUCCGCGGUCGACGAUAAAUCGCAGAAGCAGAGCAGCCAGAUCGCGAAAGAACUAUCGGACUUGGUGAUUUAUCUGCAAGCGAUCAAAUUCCGCGGACUGAAUACGACGCCGGGUACGGGCACUGUCGGGAAAGUACGGUAUCAGCCGCACACGGGGCCGGUUCAAAGGCACAGUAUCGCUGGCAUAGGCGCGACCAGCAUCGGUGCCGCUUCCGGGUCGCCGCAAUCUUUGUCAACGUCCGCCUCGCUCGCUAGCGGCGGGAGCAAUAUCGAGAAUCUCUUCAGAUUCACCCGCGGCGUCCCAGCUUGUUUCCAGUGUUCUUCUUUGAAUGAAAAUACGGCAAAGAAAAUAUGCAGGAAGCAACCUUUAGGAGUUGUUGCUCACGCAGAGACGCAAUUAAUACGCACAUAUCCUGCUGCGAUGCGAAUCGAUUCCACAAAUUUCAACCCCGUGAUCUUCUGGGCCUUCGGGAUUCAAAUGGUGGCGUUAAAUUAUCAAACCGACGACGCAGGACUGAAUUUGAAUUCCGCGAUGUUCGAACAAACUGGACAAUGCGGAUACGUCAGGAAGCCGUCUGUUAUGUGGGAUAAGGGGCAUAUGAUGUACAGGCGUUUCAAUCCUUGGGACAAGGAAUUCGACGGUCUUCACUCGGCGCACUUGACACUGUCGAUAAUUUCCGGACAGUAUGUAUCGCCGACGAAUUUCGUCGCCAGUACGUACGUCGAGAUUGAGCUGGUGGGCAUCCCGAUCGAUUGCGCGAAGCACAAAACGAAGGUGAUACAGAACAACGCUUUGAACCCGAUCUGGAACGAGAAAUUCUGCUUCCAAGUGAUGUUCAAAGAUCUCGCGUUUCUUCGUUUCGGCAUCGUCGAAGCCUCGUCCCAUCAUCUGAUCGCCCAACGAGUCAUCCCGUUGAAAUGCCUGAGGCCUGGCUACAGGCACGUGCGGUUGCGUUCAUCUAAAAACAGAGCCCUGGCACUUUCCACGCUGUUCAUUUACUCCCGACUCGAAGAGGAGAGCCUCGAUUACGACACUUGCUGCCGCGAUCACAAGGAGUCGUCGAAGCGACCAUCUUCAGGAAAGGAACCGGAGAAACUGACUACCGUCGAUCCCGGAUUGGGCGGAGUGACCGUCAAAAGGAGAAUGUUUUUUCUGAUGGUCUAUCACGUGAUACCCGAGGAGCCUUACACCAUUCUAAAGGUGACUCAGGAUAGCACUACGCACGAGGUGAUGCUGCAAGCUCUCCAGAAAGCUGGGAAAUCACCGGACUGCGUGGACGAGUAUAUUUUGGUCGAGGAAGUCUCCCGGGGCUGGGAGAAAAAAGACAGGGAAGAAUUGCCGACUCAACGCGUACUGGAUCCGUCCGAACACCCAUUGCAAGCUCAGGCUUUGUGGAAGGGACAGGGUCGUUUCCUGUUGAAGAGAGUCGGCGACGAUCCGAGCAGUAGAGCCUGGUUAGCUUCCAUCAGGAGUACGGCCGGUCAUUCUAAGCUCGAUUCCGAGAGGGAUACGUCGACACAUAUUUGGGACGAAGCCGAUACUUUCCUCGUUUGCAUUUACAACGUCUCGCCGGAUAUUCCGUAUGCUAUACUACGCGUUCCCGUGAGCAGCUCCGCUCAAGACGUCUUGGCACAGGCACUGGUUAAAGCAAGAAGGAUGGAAGAUCCAAUGAAGUUCGCGCUGGUCGAAGAACUCGAAUGGGGCGGAACCGGUGCCGUUGGCAGUGGUAAUCGACAACUGAGGGUCUUACGUGACGACGAGAACGUGUACAGCACCCAGGCCUUCUGGAAGACGCUCGGAAGAUUCAUCUUGAGGGAGAGGGAACAGGCCAUACCGAAGCGGCAUUUGCUGCCGGCCACUUUGGACAGACUGAGCAAAGGCUUCUCCGUGGGCAGAUCGGUAUCCUUGCCCGGUUCCAGCAAGGAGAAAGUGCCUGUCUCGGAGGCGCUGUCAGACCCAACGUCCAGGGGACUUAGACAUCGUUUGUUGAUGCACGGCCGUAGAAGAGAGGUCCACUCCGACGGCGAAGAUAGCCGUGAAUCAGAUAUUCUAAACGCUGCUUUUCAUCUGAAGAAGGUAUCCUUAAGGAAAUUGAGGGUGUGGAAGUCAUAGUGGCAGUCAAGGGCGACGUCGAUUACAUCGAUCUUCGCCGCUCGGAGAAACCAAUCGUAAGUUGCGGUAAUUCACUGCAUUCGAGGUGAGUGCAGAUCAGUUGAUACUCUUGAAGCGACUUAUUAAAACAAAGACACCUCGUGGACCGCUCGUGUCAUUUGGGCGAUUGAAAUAAUUACGACGUAAAAUGAUAACAAUGCCUAACUGAACUCGACACUGCUUAGAUAAUUGUGCAUAAUCUGGGUCUCUGAACCGAUGCUUGAUGAGAGAACUCGGGUUAGCAGAGUAAACAGUAUCAUCGGUUGAUGCGGAGUUUGAUUGGACGUAGUAUUGUAAAAUAUAUAUCUUACAAUUAGAUAUUUGAAGUUGAACUGCUUAUAGAUAUACGAUACACGUUGUCCUACCGCAGAUAAUCGUAUGUACAGCCGGUAAAAAAAUCAAUAAAGUAUUUCAUAUUUAAAUUCUGAAUCGUACGCAGCAUGAUUUAAAAUGAAAUAUAAAUAUCGCGCAGGAUUAAACUAUGCUGAUACAAUGUACGGUGACUUUUUUUAACUGACUGUACGUCAUUACAUUUUUAUGAACUCAUUCGCAUGUUCAUGUUUAAGUUUUAUUUUUUUUUACGCACAACUAUAGACUUAAUCUUUAUUAUUUGAUUGUUUAUAAUUUGUAAUUUUACAUGUCUCUAGUCAUUCUAGUAUAGAAGUGUAAAGAUACUGCUUUAAUGAUUUCCAAAGGAAUAAGUUUCUUUGAACAAAAUUAAACUUAGGAGACUCUCAAAAGAUACAAGUAUAUCUUUGGUUUUGUUAAAUUGGUUCGUUCGAAUACGAAUUAAGUCAUAAAAAAUCUUCGCGCGUUUUCGUUCUCCACACAUCUAUAUAUUUUCUAAUCUAUACAAUAUAUUUUAUAAUGUACAUUUAUACUUAAUACAUUUUAACGAAGAAAUGCUCACGGAGAAGAGCACAAGCCAGUUAAUUUUUUUUACGGACAUAGCCAAAUAGCAAUUUUCGAGUGGACACAACUCAUUGCGGUACCUGAUUCUUGUUUAGAAAAAUUCCACCUGUCUUUCGAGUGAUUAACGCUUGCACUUUAAGUACCUGACUCGUUCUUAGAAGUUUCUUUAUUCUUACUACUCUAUUCUAUCGUACAGUUUUCGAUACUCAAUCAGUCCAAUUAAAAUUAGCAAAACAAUAUUCCUCUAGAUAUCAAGAGAUUAUUUAUUAAAAUACGAGAUGUCAUAAUAAAUUUUGAACAAUAAUUUCGAAUCAUCUGAUGACAAUAAACUAUUUCCUUUUGCUCUCUCGUAAUUUUCUUUUUAAAUUAUCGUCUAAGCUAACUUUUGAACGAAGUACGCCGUCAGUAAUUAUUAUUUUAUUCGGUAUACGUUUUAAGUAACAAUUCAGAGAUAUGCAGAGUGCAAAAUAUGUACGUAGUUCAUACGUAAAGAUAACGAAUGAGACGUCUAGUCAAGCUCUAUCAUCGAUGUACGACAACAGGUACAUCUCAGACGAAACGAUGAUACCUAAUUACAUAAUUAUGAAUGUUACGCUGAACUCGUUCAGAAUUAAGCAGACAUCAUUUUAACAGAAAUGCAUAUACAAAUAUAAGGCAACGUUUUGAAGUCGCGAUGGAGUUAUUAAUUAAAGUUUUAAGAGUGAAUUAAAACUUGUUGCAGCUAACGUUUAAUUAACGAACAAAAGAAUAAAGAAGAAGCAGUAUUAUUUCCAUGUAUAUGUAUUCCCCACAGGCGUCUAUAUAAUAUACUAAAUGUAUAUAUUAUAUAGAAAUCUGUGAUUCCCAUCAAUUGCGUGCGAGUGUCAUUCGACGCAAGGAUCAUUCUAUUCUAGUCGAACAUCUAACGUGUACCGGUACAGAGUACAUACCUCGUUUACCUGUUCAUUAACGAGAGGACACGAUACGUGUACAUAUUGCAUUAUCUUUCUCGGUUAUUAUUAUUAUUAUCUAAUCAAACAUCAAGAUCAGAUUUUUCUGUGACGAGAAGCGAGAGAUCUCAAAACGCGCGUGGAGUAUUGCUACUCGCAGGUAUAACAUGUUUAUUACUAUAUUGUUGAUAAUGAGAAGAGAGAAGGAGGGAGAGAAAUGAAAGGAGUAGACGAAAAAUGUUAAUUUUAAAAAUCAUUGCCUCCCCAACCCUGUGAUCUGUUAAAGCGAGUAUACUUGUAUAUUAUUAUAAACAUGAGACCAAGGAGUGUC